UCUUGUGGAGGCAAAAAUGAACUUCUGGCGAAUGACUUGAUCGUGAAAUGCCGAAUUUUCGGCAUGGGUUCGCAGAGCCAGUCAGACGCAAGUCAGCUCAAUUCUAUUAUCAAAUCCUUUGGUGAGACUCCAGAUAGAACUGAAAAGCUAGGUUAUUUGAAAAACCUCACAAGUCAAGCUCUUCCCAGUUUAUCCUUAGUUGAAGUAGAGGCCCAAUUUUUCUCAAGAAUCUUGCCAAAGGUAUAUGAUGCUGUUUAUGAGGCCAUUUUGGAAAUAGAGCAGAUUAUUAAGUCACUACAAGCACAGGCUGUUGAUCAAGAAAGAAGCCAUGACAGAUUACAAACAGUCCAGUCACUUCUACAGCUAGUUAUGGCAUUUAUGGAGUGUCUGGAGACUUGUGUUGGGAAUGUGACUCAACUUUCCCUUACAGAGGAACUCUUUAUUGAAAACAUUCAUUCCCUUCCAUCAGCUGUACUGCAGACUGUGAAUGCUACUUUUAAACACUGCAAGGAUAGUGAAAAAGUGUAUGGUGAUUUGUUCCAUGUUGUGUCUCAGGAUCUAGCCAUGUUGUUUAAGAGAUCUUACCAGCUACAGAAGGGAUUGAUGGAGUUACUUGACAAAGUCCAGUUAAAUUAUGAUGCAUCUGAUGAGGAUGUUAGAGAUAUUACAGAAGUGUGCCAUCAGCUCCUUGAAGUUUGCAUUCUUAUUGGUGAUUUGGAUACAAGUAUAUUGGUGAACACAUGGAAAGUGUUAAAAAAACUUGUAACCAAGCAUAGAGAUCAUAUCAAGAACUAUUUAGAAGUGGACAGGUUGAUUUGUCAUUUGUGUACCUCAAUUGAGACCAAACUAAUGCGAUGUGUUCAACUUGCCCCAUUCAGAGCAGAAGAUACUGGUAGUUCUGAUGGUCAAAAGGUUACUGGUGAUGAAGUGGCUCUGGCUAAGAUGCUUAAAAUUAUGCGAUUUUUGGUGGGUCACCUUGUUCAUCUCACAAAGGAAUAUGAUGGUUACUAUGACACAUGUUUGGAAAAUAUUUUUCAUUUUCUGUUAAUGAUUCAAAGCACUUUACCUCCAAGCCUAAGUGCUCCAAAAAUUGAUGCUUCUGCAGUUCAGGGUAUAAAAUCUGCCUUAUUAAUAGUGGUGGAGCCAUUGCUUUCUGUUAUUGUGAAAAACAAACACUUUGCCAAACUAAUAACUAGGAAAUCAUUAGUGGUGGAUGACAAGAGUCACUUUGCACACUGCUGUUUGCUGGUUACUAUUCUGAGUGUUCUACCAAGUACACCAGAGGAUGUAUUUGCAUAUUGGAUCUCACCUACUAAUUACCCAGAGGAGGAAUGUUGUCAUUCACUUUUGGAGGCAGUGUUUCAGUAUUUCAGUCAGUGUGUUGUGGAGGUUAGCCUGCCAUUAUGUGUAGAAGGUGUGAUGAGCAAGGGAAAACCAUUGAGAGAGGUAACUUUGUAUGAGCAUGUUUGUACUAGAAUGUGCUCUCUUGUGGCUUCCACACCAGCAGUAUGUUUUUCUGCUGUGGAACGAUGCCUGUUGGAGCACAUCCUUCAGGAUGACCUGCUGUGUGCUUUGCUCUCGAGUGACGUGUGGUGCUUCAUGGCAAGGUGGGGCUCUGCCGAGCUGUGUUCGGGACAUGUGAUAGUUCUUACUCAACUGUUAUCACAGUUGCCUGCUUCAAGUGCUGGUUAUGUCCAUUUGUCGCUGCUCAUUCAACGUCUUACUCGCCUUAUGGCUGUGGAACAUCAAGAGAAUCUUGCUGUUUCUUUUCCACCGUCGAAAGAAGAAAACAUCGCCGCGUGGUGCAUUUAUCCCUUACGAGAUAUGCCCGAGAGCGUCAAGAAAAAGGUUUGCCGUUCUCUUGUUCCCUUGUGUGUACAAGUUUGUCACUCGCGAAUAGCGAACCAAUCAGCAGAAGACAACGAGCUCAUGUCGCGCUGCUUAAGUUGUCUCCGGCGAGUUUACAGCCUACCCAAAACGGAAGGCUAUAUACCUCCUGUUCAUCACUCUGCUACCAUUGGUCUUAUCAACGACUUGUGGUCGCUUUGUUGUCAAGGAAGUGAGCAAGUAGAACGAUUUAGAAUCCAUAUGUGGUGCAAGUUACUGGAUUUGACGUCCACCUUGCUUCCCUUGAUCCAGCCUGAAGAUUACGCAACGAUACUUAUUGGCUUACGAAGUCUCCUUGAUAAGAAGCCUACUGUAGGAGUUCGCCAGGCAGCCGCAGAGUUUCUCGGGAGAUGCGGCAGUAAAGAAAUCCCAGAACACCUUGAGUCCGCAGUGUUAAGCGACAUCAGCGCCAUGUUCUCCGCAUUGGUCAAUGACACGCACUGGUUGGUUCAUCAGCAAGCAUUUCAGAGCGUUAAGGCAUUCGCAGAGGUCACCCGAUACACUCACGUGAUGGGAGAUUGUGUUCCAGAGAAUUUACUUCCCAGUUUGUCAGAUUUUCUAAAUCAGCUUCCUUAUCGGCACAGUGAACUCGGAGUUGGAGACAUGACUGAAUUCGAUGUAGAGUUUUUAAGACAACAACUCGGAACGGAGGCAUGGAGUAAAACACAGAUCACGCCGUCCAAUGACAUUCAAGAAACAGAGAUACCAUUUAUGGACACAAGGGGUCGAUUACGGAACGAUAGUGCGAAUGAAAACAAAGAGAUAGAGCCCGAACCAAAACGUUUAAAAACACAGCACGAUUUACCCAGUGAAAGUCAGGGGGAGGCACUUUAUGAUGAAGCGAUACAGAAAUUGAAGAUACCUGUCUCAACAAUCCUUGAUCUAAGAAAGCAGUUUGCCCCUUCAGCAAAAGUCGUAGAGAACGUGGAAGAAAUUCAAACAUUGUUGCAAAAGUUUCUCAGCGGAAGCGCCGCUAAAUGAUACACUCGCCGUGCAGCAAAUCGCAACUGAGUGGAUAAUGAAUGACAAGAAUGCGCUUUAUGUGUGCAAAGUUUGAGUUUGCAUCUUCAAGGCAUUCUACAAAUGUUGCGCUCUUUUCUAUAAAUUCCGUAUUUUUCACACGCCUGACCUUUCACAGACACCAGAUUUGUUGACUGGACAUAUUAAUAUGUAUGCUAGAUUCGACUAGAUUCGAAGGAUGUUGUUUUUAAGUGAGUUUUUUUAUAACUUGUAAAUAAAGAAAAUUGAAAU